UUCGGUUGCUUUGCUUUGUGGCUUGGACUUCCAUAAUGAAGAACGAAACAACUAAAAUCAAUAAUAAUGCGUCCGCCAUUGUAUAGUCAGUGUCAUAUUUUUUCAGUAUUAUACUAUAAAGGUAUUGAAUAAAAUGCAACGAUCAGCCAUUAGAUACAUCGAAUUAAUUUCUGUCCAAUAGUUACAAUGGAUACGUCUUAUAAAGUGAUAACCGUGCUCCUUUAUAUCGUAAAUUCCGUGCAUCCUUACUGCGGCCCAUACAAUGGCCAAAUAUGCAAAACAUAUACAACCGGGUACGUGUGGUAUAACCAUACGGGUGGUCUGGAGAACGAAAAGAUUACAACUGGGCUGUGGAGAGAAAUGAUAUCGACUCUCAGGGAGCCGUGCCGCAGCCGCGCCGAGAAGCUCCUCUGUGCUUACGCAUUCCCCAAAUGCAUCAACAAGGAUGGGGUCGGCGACUUCGCGUUGCCUCUGUGCUACGAAGACUGCAUCGCCGUUAAAAUGCAGUUUUGUUACAACGACUGGAUCGUUUUUGAAGAGCAAAAACGCCGAGGCGUUUACUUUGAGUCUAGAGGCCAUUUCCGAUUUCCCGAAUGCCAGAAAUUUCCCCAGUUUUCAGGGAAAGGGUCACACGUGACGUGUAAUUAUGUGGGCAUCACUAACAUGGACUACAGUGAAGUGACCGCGAGCUGCGUGCGGGGCAACGGCCGGUACUACCAGGGUACGGUGAACGUCACCGAGAGUGGCAAGGCCUGCCAGGCCUGGGAGUCUCAGUACCCCCACCAGCACACGAGACCUCCGCUUGUGUUCCCAGAAGUGCAGAACUCUAGCAACUAUUGCAGAAAUGCUGGGGGUGAGGAGCGUGGGCCGUGGUGCUACACUAUGGAUCCUGAGGUUCGGUGGGAGCUCUGCGAUAUACCACUUUGUGCCAACUCCACCUUAGAAGAUGACAAUAUUAUUGGACCAAGUAUAGAGAUGGAAAACUAUUUUACGCCUACGUUUGUGUUAUUGCUAUCAGUUGGUGGCCUCGGGUGCGUUUUAGGGAUUGCAUCCAUCGCUCUCUUGUGCCAUUACUUUUUUAAAAAUCAUUACUCUAAGUGUAACAUGCCUAACCGUAGAAAUGUCCCAAACAUGGAUAUCGAUCUUGACAAACUCCCGAGCAAUAUGGCUUACCACACCACCGGGGCUCAGCUGAACCCUAAACUGGAGAAACUGGAGUUCCCAAGAAAUAAUAUUAUUUAUAUCCGUGAUUUAGGCCAAGGUGCUUUCGGUAGAGUGUUUCAAGCAAAGGCUCCUGGGCUGGUUCCGGAAGAAGAGUUUACUCUGGUUGCUGUCAAAAUGCUCAAGGAUGAAGCCUCUCAUGACUUGCAACUAGAUUUUGAGAGAGAGGCUUGUCUUCUGGCCGACUUUGACCACCCCAACAUCGUGAAGUUGUUAGGUGUCUGUGCCAUAGGUCGCCCCAUGUGCUUGCUGUUUGAGUAUAUGGGAAAGGGUGACUUAAAUGAAUACCUAAGGGCCUGCAGCACUGCCACUAACUACCCACCAAUGUCAGAAUACAGGGAAGACUUAAGGUUACUGGCGACACCACUGGGCCAUUUAGACUUAUUGCAUGUUGCGAGGCAGAUCGCCUCAGGGAUGGUCUACCUGUCUGAUCGCAAAUUUGUUCAUCGAGACCUUGCCACCAGGAACUGUCUAAUCAAUGAUGACAUGGUAGUGAAGAUUGCAGACUUCGGUCUUUCACAUAAAAUUUAUUUACAAGAUUAUUAUAAGGGAGACGAGCAUGACGCUAUCCCAGUGAGAUGGAUGCCUUUAGAAAGCAUAUUGUACAAUAAGUAUACAUUAGAGUCUGAUGUGUGGGCCUAUGGGGUAUGCUUGUGGGAAAUAUUCUCUUUUGCCCUACAGCCUUACUUCGGAAUGACCCAUGAAGAAGUGGUCAGGUUCCUGAAGGACGGGAAUGUCCUGGCGUGUCCGGACAACACGCCCCGCAGCGUGUACGAUCUUAUGCGCCAGUGCUGGAGCACGCACCCCACCGACCGACCCAACUUCAGACUGAUUUAUCAGAUGUUAGACAACAUACAAAUGAUUCUAGAACGAACUCAUUCUGACUAAUUUACAGUGUUAUCAAUUAAUUAUUAAGGACUGAGUUUGUAUUUCAUUAUUUACUGUGUAAAGUACUCUUGAUGUAAAUAAAUAGGUAUCUACUUGUAUUUUACGUACGUCAUUACAUUAUUAAGUAAGUUUAAUUCGGCAACUAUUUAUUGUUUAUGUCAAUUUCUAUUAUAAGUAAUAAUUGUAAUUACUAGCCAACGUACAACUUGAUGUUGAUCUCUUGUAUUUCCUUAAAUUUGGGUUUAGAGUGGUAUAUUGGAAUUUUAAUUGUAACUAGUAUUGUUUGGUUGCAAAUUGAUCAUUGGAAUAUUUUGAUACUUGUAGAGAUGACAGGUAUUAACGAACUGUGUCAUAUUUUCUGUCCUCGGCAUAUGUCUGCUCCAAUCCAAAUGACAACUUGACUGAUCGCAAUUUCAAACAGUUUGAAUUUUUUAUUGGAACAGUUCUUAUUGAUUGAUUGUAUUGUUAUAAUGUCCGUAUCUUAUUGGAAUCAAAUAGGCUUAAAUUCAUUUAAACAUUUACUAAUUUUUUACAUGUUAUAUUUUACUACGGGUGUAUCCUAGAUUUCUUCCUUGUGAAAUUCUAACUGAUCAGAAAUGUAGAGAAUGUAAGCGAAAAUUGUAUGUGAUGUGACCGAGUUCUGUUUUGUUAAAAUGAAUAUCCAACCUACCUCUUAAUAAAUUCUUGAUUAUGCCUAAAAGUAUUUUUGUAGGCGGCCAUUUUGCUAAUGUUAUCCAUACGGAUACUGACCUGUAUUGUUUGUUGUUAUAAUUAUGUUUUAAGUAGCUAGUGGUCAAAUUUAAAUACUUAAGCCAUUGUUUGUAUGGAUUUGAUUUUAAAUGAAAUCAGCAGAGAUGAACCAACCUCCCAUUCCAUUAAAAAAAAACAGUGUUUAAAUAUAAUACUCCUUUUAUAAACAUUUCAAAGCAAGUAUUACAAAAAAUACUGAUUUUAGUAAAUAAAGUUUUAAUUACGAAGUUAUUUUUAUUAAAAAGUCACUGCCAAAUUUAAGACUUUUCUUGUACAGUCGCCAUCGGAUAUAUCGGAGCGGUCAAGGUGCUCACAAACAUCUGAACACGCCUCUAUUUUCAAGGCGUUAUGCGUGUUCAGAUAUUUUCGAGCACCA